AUGGCCUGCAACAACAUCUGCCGACCCUGCGGACCCACCCCGCUGGCCAACAGCUGCAACGAGCCCUGUGCCCUGCAAUGCCAGGAUUCCCGCGUCAUCAUCAACCCUGCCCCUGUGCUGGUCACCCUGCCAGGACCCAUCAUGACCUCCUUCCCCCAGAGCACCGCCGUCGGAUCCACCUCCUCCGCUGCCGUGGGCGCUGAGCUCAGUGCCCAGGGACAGCCCAUCUCUGGUGGAUUUGGUGGCUUUGGCUUUGGCCUUGGCUAUGGCCUUGGCUAUGGCCGUGGAUUUGGCUAUGGCUGUGGUUUUGGCUAUGGCCAGCGCUAUGGCUAUGGCCUGGGCUGUUAUGGCAGAAGGAGCUAUGGCUACAACUGCUAAGGGAUCUCAGCACCACCCCUGAAACCACCAACUCUGGCUUCUGGCAGCAGCUCCUGCAAGCAAAGCACCUUUGCUGGUCAUUUUCCUACUUGUACGUCUCACCAGAUCCUGUCUACUCCUUUCUCCUGUCUCUUCA